GUGGCAUCAAUGUAACCUCAUUACAGCCUUGCCUAGAAAGGAUCUCAUGACCUUUGCUCUUCUCUGAGUGGAGAAGUGCACUGCCAUUGGAGCACAAUGAUUUCAGACCUGAUACUAGCCACCGAGAGGCUAAAAACGGAGAAGAAGUACCUCACUAGAAUGGUUACUAAACUUGUUGAAGAAAACCAGGAGCUCUUGGGUGAAAACAGGCAUUUCAGAGAAAAGAUCACAAGUUUUCAGACCUCCACAGUGCCUAGCGUGGGGGGAGAGAUUGAUGAGGUGAAGUCAACCUUUACCAAGAUCAAGAAGUUGCAAGAUUUAGAGAAAGAAGAAGAGAUUUCUGAAUUCCACGAACAUAAAGUUCAUAAGCACAGAGCAUUUCUAACUAGAGAGAAGAUAAAUUACAUAAAGGUGUACUUGCAGCAGUGUGCGAGGGAGAUGGAAGAAAAGAAGGAAGACAUUAUAAAGGAAAAGCAUCAAAUAUCUGAAACAAGAGGAACAGUGGCAGAACAGGGCAAAAUUAUAGAGGAUCUUCAGAUACAAAUAAACCACCUGCAAGAGGAGCUCAAAAAUUCUCAACUAACUGUAUUUCAGCCGGUGGAGCAGAAAGAAGUCAACUUAGAAUCACCGAUGCCUGAGGUGGCCAAAGCAAACCUGGGAGAAAACAUGAUUUCAAAGUACGUCCACUUUCCCACGUUCCGGUCUCUAUGUCUGCAGCUUGAGACAGUGCAUAGCUGCCUAAGCAAAAGGCUCUCUCUGCUCAGGAAACUUCCAGAGCUGGAUUUCAAACUUUUACUGUGCUUGAUCAUCCUUCUAGGUCUGAUGAUAUUAUAUAUAUAUAUCUUUCAUACUACCUGGCUAUGCCAGUUACUGCGGUGCACCUGCUACAAGCACUAUGCCAGUUGCCUUCGACCGCACUGAUCCGAGAAUACUUGAAUGGGGUGGGACUGGAUUACUACAGUGCUGAUUUCCUUUGCCUGAUUCUGGAACAGACCAAAAGAUGGUCUUUGCUUACAAAAUAAACCUGUCA